AUGAAAGCCAGGGAGAUGAAAGAAGAAAUUAAGAAGAAAUUUUUAUGCAUUGUGUCUAAGGGACAAUGCUAUAGGGCUAAUAGGAAAGCACAAGAGAUUUUAACUGGAAAGUUAUCAGAGCAUUAUGCUCGUAUAUGGGAAUAUGGAGGAGAGAUCAUCAGAUCAAACCCUAGUAGUACAACAAAGGUUGGAUUUGAUAUCAAAGAAGAUGGUAGCAGUGUUUUUAAAAGAUUCUAUGUAUGUUUUAAGGCUAUAAAGGAUGGGUGGAUUAGGGGUUGCAGGAGAGUCAUUGGACUAGAUGGUUGUUUUCUAAAAGGGCAAUGCAAAGGGGAGUUACUCACUGCAAUAGGUAGGGAUGGGAACAACCAGGUAUAUCCAAUAGCCUGGUUUGUGGUUGAUGUUGAAAAAAAGGACAACUGGGAGUGGUUUAUUAAGUUGCUUGUGAAAGACCUUGGCUUAGAGUUAGGUGAAGGGUUGACAAUUAUUUCUGAUCAACAUAAGGGCUUAGUAGAGGCUGUAAAGGAGAAUUUAGCAUUAGUUGAGCAUAGGCAGUGUGCCAGACAUGUGUAUGUCAACUUUAAAAAGGUGUACAAUGGGAUUGAUUACAAGAGACAUUUUUGGGCAGCUUCAAUGUCAACCACAGAGUCAUCUUUUCUUGAGACAAUGGAGGAACUCAAAGAUAUGAAUGGGGGUGCUUAUGACAAUCUCAUGGAAAGGAACCCAAGGAGUUGGAGCAGAGCAUUUUAUAAGGAAGGUAGAGCAUGUGAAGCAGUAGAAAAUGGUAUAUCAGAGAGCUUCAAUUCAGUAAUUUUGGAGGCAAGGACUAAGCCACUACUUACUAUAUUGGAGGAGCUCAUAAUGUAUGUUAUGGAGAGGUUUUAUAGGAUGUCUACAAUACACUUAACAUGGAUGGGAGAUGUAUGCCCUACAAUAUUGACAAAGCUGGAUGAUUGGUGUACAGAUAUGAGGUUGUGGAGUGUUGUAGCUAGUGACACAAAUGUAUUUGAAGUAAGACUAGGAUUUGAGUCUUUUCAGGUGGACUUAGGAGAACAAUUCUGCACUUGUAGAUUAUGGGAAAUAUCUGGGAUUCCAUGUAUCCAUGCAUGUGCAGCUAUGAACCACACACAACAACAACCUAAAACAUUGAUCAGCUCAUGGUUUUCCAAAGAAAAGUUUGCAAAGACUUAUAAAGGAAAUAUCAAGCCUCUAAAUGGUAGUAGAAUGUGA